AUGUCUCCUCUUCGUCCUCUUUUCCUCUUUUCUCUCUUUUCUUUAUGCCUUUCGAAUUUCGUCCAAAACAGAACACAACACUUGGAGAAACCGAAGAACAGACUGUACAAUCCGCUGGUUUGUUACGUUGAAACAGAAGGUAUGUUCGAAAUGCAUCCCUGCAGCCGGAACGGAGCCGGAUAUCUGCACUUGUGUUUUGAUUCAUCAUGUUCUGUUUCAGGUCAACUCUACGGAGUUGAUUAUCAUGAGAGCGAGCGGCACGAGCCAUGUGGGCCGGAUGUCAAGUACUGCCAGAAGGUCACCGCUCACUUCAGUAAGCGCUUUUCCAUUUCUGUGCGCCGAACUGCAGACGUUUUCUUUUCAGUUGCCGCUGGUGGAGAAGUGACAAAGAUCCGAAUGAAGGGAUGCGACACCGUCGCCCUUCUUCCGCACUUUGCCGGUUUAGAGUGCAAGGGAAACGGAUGCGCGGAACGGUCGGAAGGCGACGAGAUUUACAACGUGUGCUGCUGCAACUCGGAGGAGUGCAAUCCUGCCGUCAGAAGAAGUAGCUCCUUCCUCGUGACCGCUUCCUUUCUUAUCACACUCUUCAUUUCCUCCUAA